GCGCCGGGGAGGAGCCAGCGACGCCGCCGGAUUCGCGCUCUCCUGUCGCUGCCGGCCCGGGAGUAGCGCAGAGCGCGCGCGACUCGCCAAGAGACGUAGCGAGCUUCCCCGAGGCGCGGCUGUUCCCGAGGAGGAAUAAGUUGUGGGUUGCAUAAACUUUCAAAAGACUUCUGAUAAACCCAGGCUCGCGCAGCUCGCGCAUUGGAACAGAUGGAUAAUGGAGACUGGGGAUAUAUAAUGACAGAGCCGGUCACUCUGAAUGUGGGUGGCCAUUUGUACACGACGUCGCUCACCACGCUCACGAGGUACCCCGACUCGAUGCUGGGGGCCAUGUUCCGGGGAGGCUUCCCCACUGCCAGGGACUCGCAGGGCAACUAUUUCAUUGACCGGGACGGGCCGCUUUUCCGGUACGUCCUCAACUUUUUACGGACGUCAGAGCUGACUCUGCCUCUGGACUUCAAGGAAUUCGACCUGCUUCGAAAAGAAGCGGACUUCUACCAGAUCGAACCCUUGAUACAGUGUCUUAACGAGCCCAAGCCUCUGUAUCCCGUGGAUACCUUUGAGGAAGUGGUGGAGCUUUCCAGCACUCGCAAGCUCUCGAAAUAUUCCAACCCAGUGGCGGUGAUCAUAACGCAGCUGACCAUCACGACCAAGGUCCACUCGUUGCUGGAAGGCAUCUCCAACUAUUUCACCAAGUGGAACAAGCACAUGAUGGACACGAGGGACUGCCAAGUUUCUUUCACGUUUGGGCCCUGCGAUUACCACCAAGAAGUCUCCCUCAGGGUCCACCUGAUGGAGUACAUCACGAAGCAAGGCUUCACCAUCCGAAACACGAGGGUCCACCACAUGAGCGAACGAGCCAAUGAAAAUACGGUGGAACAUAACUGGACUUUCUGUAGGCCGGCAAAGAAAACGGACGACUGAUUUCACCCCUUCUUUCCCCGUUUUUGUUUGUUUACUGUCUAGAAGCUAUGUAGUAGCUUCUCAGAACAAGGUACUGUAUUAAGAGACUGGAGACCGGCUUCCACUUAAACAACGUUGGAGAAUCUUUCUGCAUCUCUCUCUUUCUCCAUAUAUACAUAGAUAUAUAUAUUUUUGUUUUAAAUAUUUAUUAUGGAUUCCUAAGGACCGGAGAAUGGGCAUGCUCCGGCCUCUCUCAUCUCCCGUCACGUCGUGAGGAAAUGUUUGCAUGUGCCUGCUCAUUCCAUCAAAGAAACUUUUAUUUUAUUUUUUAUUUUCACAAAGGGUGACGCAAGAGGGCAUCCUUGGAAGGACUGUGAAAUAAUUACAUUUAUGACACGUUUUCCGUGGUGUUCACAUAGUACAAUGUAAAGUGCUAAAAAUUGUCUCCUGGUUUUUAACCUGUGUUUAAUCCGUCUAGUGCUAUUACAAACCACUGGGAACAUGCCAGAGGCUCCAGUCCAGUGUGAAUUAUCUCAUGCGUAAGCUACACCAAAACGAAUAAGAAACAGUACAAGAGACGUUUGCGUAGGAGAAGUUCUCUCUAGACUGUACCCAGAUUUGUUAAAGUCCAGCUGGACAGAGGAAAAGCUACCAUCAUGUAAUCUAACCUAGUUUUCAUAAAUCAGUGAGCAAGCAGUAUUAAAAUAAUUGAGGUACCAUCAGGCUUCUUCUGCCCCUGGUUUUAUUUUCAGACAGUUAUGAGAACUGUUUCUUUCCAUGCAUUAUAAAACAAGCAGCCAAAUAUUACCUAUGGCGAUAAAAAUACAGCUAGAAGUAUUUCCAUUGAAUUUGGAAUGAAAUAAUAAGAAUCCCUGUGGCAGAACCUUUUUAAAAAAAUGCCUGGUGCAAUAUUAUUCCCAGGUGUAAUGCUUGCCAACAAGAAGCUAAUAAAAAAAAAUGAAAAUUA